CCGCGCGGGACUUACAGCCGCAACCGCGGCCGGGACGGGCAGCCGUAGUGUGGAAGUAGCUACUGGAGGCAACGCGGCCCGAGCGUUCAGCUGCCAGUGAUGAAGCCGCCUAUUUCAAUACAAGCAAGUGAAUUUGACUCCUCAGAUGAAGAGCCUGGUGAAGAUGAACAGACUCCAAUUCAGAUUUCUUGGCUACCUCUAUCACAAAUAAAUUGUUCUCAGUUUCUCGGUUUAUGUGCUCUUCCAGGUUGUAAAUUUAAAGAUGUUAGAAGAAAUGUUCACAAAGACACAGAAGAACUAAGGAGCUAUGGUAUACAGGACAUAUUUGUUUUCUGCACCAGAGGGGAACUGUCAAAAUAUAGAGUCCCAAACCUUUUGGACCUCUACCAGCAGUAUGGAAUUAUCACUCAUCACCAUCCGAUCCCAGAUGGAGGGACGCCUGACAUAGACAGGUGCUGGGAAAUAAUGGAGGAGCUUGCAAUCUGCCUCAAAAACAACCGCAAAACCUUGAUACACUGUUAUGGAGGCCUUGGAAGAUCCUGUCUGGUAGCCGCUUGUCUCCUCUUGUACCUGUCUGACACAGUCUCACCACAACAAGCCAUAGACAGCCUUCGAGAUGUAAGAGGAUCUGGGGCGAUCCAGACUAUUAAACAAUAUAAUUAUCUUCAUGAGUUCCGGGACAAAUUAGCCUCCUAUCUAUCAACAAGAGAGUCACUGUCAAGAUCUGUGUCAAGAUGACGAAUUUCAAAUAGCUUAUAUAUGACCAUGUCUGAAAUUUAAAAUUCCUCUAGUAUAAUCUAUACAGAAAUAAGACAACUCAUGAUAUCUCCUUGAAUGUAAAUGUUUAUGUGCAGAUAUUCCUAAAGUUUUUAUUGACAAAA